GUGGCAGACAAGUCGGACAUGGGGGAAAUCGCCGGCUUUGAUAAGGCCAAGCUGAAGAAAACGGAGACGCGGGAGAACACCCUGCCGACCAAAGAGACCAUUGAGCAGGAGAAGCCGCGUGAAAUUUCCUAAGAACCCGGAGGAUUCCCCGCCCCCUUCAUCUUCGAGACACCCCAGUCGUGAUGUGGAGGAAGAAGAGCCCCCUGCAAGAUGGACACGAGGACAAGCUGCACUGUGAACCCAGGCACCCUGUGCCGACGCCACCGGCCUGCGGGUCUUUGAGGAGACCCCCCCCACCCCAAUCGGACUGCCAAAUUCUCCGGUUUGCCCUGGGAUAUUAUAGCAAAUUAUUUGUAUGUUUCAUGAAAAUAAAACACACCUUGUGGCAAAAAAAAAAGAAACAAAC